ACAAGGAAGUCUGGUCGAUUUUGAAAGUGUCUCCCAGCUGCAGACGUCGAUGAGAACAGCAGAGGGGAAAGUUUAUUAAACUUAACGAACUGAAGUUAUCAUAGCAUCACCAGACGGACAUGUGGACGUCCUUGGUCUGCGUCAUGCUGGUGACGUCACCGGGCGGCGCGUCGCUCCCGCUGGUCGUGAACACCUGGCCCUUUAAGGAGGCCGCCGCCGCUGCCUGGGAAGCCCUCCAAUCAGGAGGCAGCGUGCUGGAUGCGGUGGAGAGGGGAUGUAGGCGCUGUGAGCUGGACCAAUGCGACGGCAGCGUCGGCUUCGGAGGCAGUCCUGACGAGACGGGAGAGACCAGCCUGGACGCCCUCAUCAUCAACGGCGACACGAUGGAGGUGGGAGCUGUGGCUGACUUGCGGCGUGUGAAGAACGCUAUUGGAGUCGCCAGAGCUGUUAUGGAGCGCACCCACCACACCCUCCUAGUGGGGGAGUCAGCGUCUGGAUUCGCUGAGGACAUGGGCUUCCCUGCAGAAGACCUGACCACGAACACGUCCAAGAGCCUCUACACCCGCUGGCUGCAGGGCGGCUGCCAGCCCAACUACAGACAGAACGUGGUCCCGGACCCGGCCACCGCCUGCGGCCCCUACCGGCCCGGCCCCGCCCGGACCCCUCACACGAGGCCGCCCCCCACUGACCUGCGCGCCCACGACACCAUCGGGGUCAUCGCCAUCAGUGGAAAAGGUCAGGUCGCUGCAGGAACCUCGACCAACGGAGCCAAUCACAAGAUACCAGGGCGGGUGGGCGACUCCCCCAUCGCAGGGGCGGGCGCGUACGCCGACAGCUCCGCCGGCGCUGCCGCGGCAACCGGAGACGGAGACAUCAUGAUGCGCUUCCUGCCCAGCUUCCUGGCGGUGGAGUUGAUGCGAGGAGGGGCCGAGCCCUCGGCCGCCUGCACCGCCGCCAUCGCCCGCACCAAGAGGCAUUACCCAGAGUUCUUUGGGGCUGUCAUCUGUGCUAACACAACAGGCCAUUAUGGUGCCGCCUGUAACAAGCUGCCAGGCUUCCCCCAGUUCUCCUACAUGGUGGUCAGCACUGAGACCAGAGGCCCCUCCCUCCACACCGUGGACUGCUUCUAGCGCUGAGGCCCCUCCCUCAUCACCGUGGAGACCAGAGGCCCCUCCCCCAUCACCAUGGACUGCUUGUAGCUGGGUGGAGGUCCAUCUGGGUUUAAGUCCAGAAGGUGGUCUGCUUCUAGCUGGGUCCCCACCUUCUUGUACAGCAGCCAAUAAGACUCCUCUAUUCCCUUCAUUCAUGUUCAAACUGAGCUCCAGAGGAAGAGGAGCUCAACCCCCCCUGAAGGCUCCUCUUCCUCUGGGCUCCAGACCCCCCACCCUGAACGGCUGCACGUAAAGACAUUUCAGCAAGCAGAGAUUUAAUAAAAAAUGAAAUCUCUGUAAAAAUAAAAAAAGAGUAUUUGAUAUGAGAAGUAUUCAGUGUAAUGUUUAUUUUAGUACUAAUUUCUAGUAAAACCUUUUAACCCUCCAAUCAAUGUUCUGAGACCCUUUGAGUUCUGUUAAGACCCCUCCUCCAUGGGCCAAUCAGCAGCCAGAGAGCGGGGAGGACUCCGCCCCCCUUCCUCCUCCAUGGACCAAUCAGCAGCAGAGGAGCAGGGAGGACUCCACCCCCCUUCCUCCUCCAUGGACCAAUCAGCAGCCAGGGAGCGGGGAGGACUC